AGUGACAUUGCAUCAUACUUCUGUGAUCGUGCUAUCUUAGCUCCUACAAAUGAAGUUGUCUCUGAGAUAAAUAGAAAAAUGAUCGCAGAGUUACCAACAAAUGAGAUGUUAUAUUACAGUGCAGAUUCAAUUGAUGACACUUCCUCAAACCUUUCCACGCUAGAGGCAUUGUAUCCCACUGAAUUUUUGAAUACCAUUCCCAUGAAUGGGCUACCAGACCACGUGUUGCAUCUCAAAAUAGGAGUUCCCAUAAUGUUAUUGCGUAAUCUUGACCCCUCUCGUGGUCUCUGUAAUGGAACUAGACUUAUUGUUACCAGGGCCGGGCCGGCUAAAUUUGGGACCCUGGUAAUUGAAGGAGAAAUAAUAACUGGGAAAGCCAAAGGUUCUAAAGUUUAUAUCCCACGCAUCGUCACCACUUCAGCCCAGUCUAGGUGGCCAUUCAAAUUGGAGCGUCGUCAAUUCCCAGUACGUCUUUCAUAUGCUAUGACAAUCAACAAAAGUCAAGGGCAGACUCUGGACAGAGUUGGUGUCUAUUUACCAACCCCAGUUUUCUCUCACGGCCAAUUAUAUGUCGCUUUCUCACGAGUAACAUCGCAAAAAGGCUUACGAGUUCUUAUUGAGAACAGUCCUCCAUCACAUGACAAUUGCACACACAAUGUAGUCUACCAUGAAGUUUUUUCUCAUAUCAACGCACAACUUCAUUAA